AGCAAGGGUUCAACAGCGUGUGAAAUAUCACUGGGGCACAGUCAGGAUAUAUAGACGCCUUACUUAGUUCCUUACUACCUUCAAGAUCUACGAGCCACAAACUUUUAUCCCUCCCUUUCAUUCAGAUUGUCCGUCAGAUCCGUGGUUUAUUGACAGCGAUAUCCUCAAAGGUCCAUGCAAAACGGCUAAACAACUUCUGCGACAAACCACAGACAUCAUUCAUUCAUUCACCCGCACUCGACCUUCCCUAUCUACCAACCGAAAUAUGGCUCAUGAUUCUGCGCGAAGCCACAACUAUGAACUCAGACCCCCUCGACAUCUCCCUUGGUCUAUCAUUUUUGGAAACCCCAUGCGAAGUCGCAGAAUACCAUGCUGCCAUGAAGAUCAAGCAGGACAUAUCGCUCGUAAGCAAAGCAUGGAAUAGAUACAUGCAGGAAUACCUCUACGAGUUUGUUUGGAUCAGUCGAGCCAGCCAAGCAAAGGCGCUAGCACUAACCUUGCUUACCCAAUUUAUCGAGGGCAAACCUUCGAGCGGCCACUACAUUCGCCGAUUACACAUGGAAACACCCGUCCUCAUGCGGUGCGCCACGGAUGAUAUCCGUACCAUUCUCGAUUACGCACCCCAUCUCGUCAUCUAUUCUGAUCAUCACUCAGUGAGAUGUACGCGUUACUCGGAGUUUAUCGAUGUGCGCUGUUCCCCGGAACAGAUGGUUUCUGUUCUUGCGAGUUCGAAUAGCAAACUCCGAAAACUUUCUCUCACAAACUAUAGCGAUGACCCAUUCCCAAAACAUGUGUCACCGCUCCUCCGGCGCACUGCAGCUAACCUCGAAUACCUGGAACUUUCAUCGUCCACUAUACCCCUUGUUUCUGGUCACCUCUUCGCAUCAAAAUCCCCCAUUGUUUCUCUUCCUGUACUUCAGUCCCUCAAGCUGACCCUCGACAACACAACAUUCGCGGUGCUUGCGGCAUGGGACAUGCCAAAUCUGCGAAAUGUGUCAGUAGUCUCUUCAGAUUUUGGCUACGCAGGUCCUGGAUUCGCUUAUUUCUUCGCCGCCCAUGGCAAAAAACUACACCAGCUGGAACUGGGACAUUCGUCUUCGCUCGUCGUCGAGCACUACCUAUCACUUCGCCCUCGACCUGUGCAACAGAUUCCAUUAGCAGAGUGGUGCCCCAACCUUAAAGAGUUCAUUUGUUCUGCGGACGCAGAGUGGAACUGGCAGAACCCAGAUUGGAUAGCGCCGCACGUCCUCCUUCCUGGGCACAAGAGCCUUGAAUUCAUUGGCAUCCGAGAUAUAGAUAAGCGCCUCAUGGAUGAUGCAUCUGCUUUCCCUGCAGAUAGGGAAGAUGAAGCGCCAUUUUUCCCAUUGGUGGAGCAAAUCUCGUCACUACUCUUCAAUGACGCCUUCCCAUCUUUGCGGUACAUCCGUGACUUGAGUCGCGCAUCCCAUUCAAUGCGCGUUGGACAGCGUCCCGAGACGCGAAUCUUGAAGUUUUGGGCCAAGAUUCUAGCUCGUUGUGGUGAGCGGAAGGUCUGGCUUGAGGAUUUCCGAGGCGUCAAUAUUACGUUGCGGGAUCUGAAACGGGUAGGGCUCGACCGUAUGGCAGGUGCUGGUAACCUCGCCUAGUUUUUUUUAGUUUCAUUCGCUUCUGUGCUCUCUACAUGCAUACCCUCCUUUCCUUAUCUUCCACUUUGUGUCGGUAUCUAUCUGCGUCACUGUCUGUUUAUCACUGUAUCAACCACUCGUACAUGCAUUCCUGAUUCCCCACAUAACCAUACAUACUACAAAUACCACAGCACUCCUUUCUUGGCACUCUUCACCUUUUCCAUUCACUCUGCGUCCCUCCUAGCAUCUGCCCGCGCACACCUCUCUAUCCUUGCUUUCCGGUUCGUGGAGUUGGACGCCUUUCCAUUGGACAGUCUUUUUCUUGGUCGAGGGUUGUAGCAUAUCACCGCAUCACAUCACAUCAUACAUAUUAUCAUACGCCCGUUUCGUUGUCGUUCGUUCAUUUCUUUUGCUCAUUGGUACUAGUAAGAUGGAAAUAAAACAACAAUUUUGAAGAUUA